ACAUUUGAGAAAACAACAGAAAAUAAAAGUAAAAGACACAUGUAAAAACCAAUUUGAAAACAAAAAAAUCAAGUAAUUUCUUGACUGCAUGACGAAAAUUAAUAAAAAAGCACAACAAAAGGAAGAUGAAAGGUGCAAAUAAAAAAGAUGAAUAAAAUGUCAAGCAAAUAUUUUGAGAUCAAUUAUAUUUCAGGUGUGUGAAAUUAGUGGCCACUUAGUUCUUUCCUUGGCAGUUCUGUAGAAGCUGAAUUUAAGACUUGAAAAAAUUAUAUUUGAACAAAGCAAUAAAGGUUCAGCCCUGUCCCCAGGGCUUGCUUAUCUUUGGUCAGCAAAGGAACAUGGACUCUGACCAGGUCUGUGGGCUUUGGCAUGUGCAGACAGAGACUGCUUAUGAUUGAUUCUCAGCCAAUCAGCUUUCAGCUGAAAUGCUAGGACAGGACAGACCUUCACAUUAGGCUUGGCCAGAGUCUCUAUUUCUGGUGCUGACCAAACAACAAGUGGACUCUGCAUGGGGAUGAGAUUGAUAAAAGUUUUAAACUGACUAUGGACUUUGAAUAUGGCUCCAAAUCAACAGCUUCAAUCAACAUAAGGGUUGAUGUGGAUACCACAAAACCUGCAGAACACAACACACAGGGAAGAACUGUUUCAGCAAUAGAAUCAGAAGGAUCUCAAGAUGGUGAGCACCAGGUGGCAUCUGCAGUGCCUGUGUCAACAGGACAUACCCAGCCUUCAGGUGCAGGGGCUGAAGCUCUCCAAGCUCCCAAUCGCAUUUGUACAACAGAAGAAGUCUUGGUUUUAAUUGCUAAAAACUAUCUGCAGACUACACCACCAAGGUGUAAGGCUGACCACGAUGAAUUUGCGGCAUACUUGAAAGAAAUGCGACUCUAUAUUACAGGUGUUAGGACUGGAAGUUUGCUGAUAACUGUGAAGUGCAAUUCACUUCAGAUCCUGGAGAGAUUGUGGGAAGAUUAUUCAUCUGGUCAUCUUGGUGAAGUGGUUCAAAGAUGUUUUGUUACAGAAGAGAUCUUGACAGAACUGAGCCUAGCAGAGUUGAAGCUUAAAACCACAAUCUCAGAGGAGGAGUACAAAGCAUGCAAAAUGUACUUUGGGAAAGAUCCAGCAGGAGGUAAGUUUUAAGACAAGCCCUAAGGUUUCUUGAUAACGAUUGUUUCCAGUACCGUGCCAUUGAGAAAUAGUGGAACUGAAAAACUUCUUUCCCAUGGACAACCUUACUGUUCAAAAUUCAUUUGGUAUGCGGUCAGUAUAAAAUAGUGGGUAAAAUGCAGACUGAGAGUAAAAAUGUAAUGCAGACUGCAGACUACAGAUGCCUUAAGUAUAUAUCGUGUUAUUUCCAUUAUUGACUUUUGACCGUAAACAGAGUUAUUCAGGCUAAUUGCAGUGAAAGUCUGCACUCCAGUUAGCCUGAAUUUCACUCUGGUUAGACUGAAUAUUACUCUGGUUAGAUUGAAUAUCAGUCUGGUUAGCCUGAAUAUCAGUCUGGUUAGCCUGAACAUCACUUAGGUUAGCCUAAAUAACGCUUUGGUUACCCUGUUUGCUGUUAACUCUCAGUGAUUGAAACGGUAACCCGAUUCAGUUAAGAAAUCCACCGUCUGCAUUCUGCAUUUUACCCUCAGUCUACAUUUUACCCCCAGUGUGCAGUCUGCAGUCAUCAUUUUACACUGACC